AUGCUAAGGAAUGGCAGCACAGUGACAGAAUUUAUCCUCGUGGGCUUUCAGCAGAGCUCCACUUCCACACGAGCAUUGCUCUUUGCCCUCUUCUUGGCCCUCUACAGUCUCACCAUGGCCAUGAAUGGCCUCAACAUCUUUAUCACCUGAACAGACCCCAAGCUCAACAGCCCCAUGUACUUCUUCCUCAGCCACCUGUCUCUCCUGGAUGUCUGCUUCACCACCACUACCAUCCCACAGGUGUUGAUUUACCUCGUGGUCAGGAACCACGCUGUCUCCUUUGUAUCUUGCAUGACCCAGAUGUACUUUGUCUUUUGUGCUGGUGUGGAUGAGUGCAUCCUCUCGGCUUUUAUGGCCUAUGACCGUUGCAUUGCUAUCUGCUACCCACUUAGCUAUGUCCAGAUCAUAAGCCAGAAGGUCUGUCUCAGGCUUGUGGGAACUGCCUGGUUCUUUGGACUGAUCAAUGGCAUCUUUCUUGAGUAUGUUUCAUUCCGAGAGCCCUCCUGCAGAGACAACCACAUAGAAAACUUCUUCUGUGAGGCCCCCAUGGUGAUCGGCCUCUCUUGUGGGGACCCUCAGUUUAGUCUGAGGGCAAUCUUUGCUGAUGCCAUCGUGGUGCUGCUCAGCCCCAUGGUGCUCAUUGUCACUUCCUAUGUGUGCAUCCUUGCCACCAUCCUCAGCAGAGCCUCCUCCUCAGGUCGGGGGAAGACUUUAUCUACUUGUGCCUCUCACCUGACUGUGGUCAUCUUUCUCUACACCUCAGCUAUGUUCUCUUACAUGAACUCCCACAGCACACAAGGGCCUGACAAAGACAAACCUUUCUCCCUCCUGUACACCAUCAUUAACCCCAUCAACAAGGAAAUGAAGGAGGCCAUGGUGAGGGCACUUGGGAGAACCAGGCUGGCCCCGGCACAGUCCGUCUAG